GGUCUUGAGUAUGAGCUCUCUUCUAGUCGUAGCACUCCUGCUCUGGACCGAAUCUUAUGGGCAAAAGCCACUGUCUUGCGAUUUAAAGCAAGUACACUAUCGCACAGCAGAGCCCAAGCACGACCACUUGGAAAUCUGCACGACCAAGCCCAAUGAUCCCUUCGACAUUGCAACACAGAGGGUGAUCAAGCACCCCUUCAGUGCGAAUUCGAAGAGAGUCGAGUACAACGCCUACACGGUCGUCUGCGCCCUCUACAGCCUGCAGGUGCUCGUCGACAACCUAAACGGCGUGGAACGUCGUGGAUGCUCCAUCUACAAAGAGCGAACGGAAUGGAUUGCGUACGUACAACCGCAAACAGUAUGCGAGUUUAUCUGCGCUGCACUAACUGGAAGAGAUACAGAGCAAUUUGAGAUUACUCAACUCGCCGUCCAGAACACCAACAAUCCUUCGGACGUCGUCCGAGUGCAGCAACGACUUCGUGGCAGUACAUUCGAGACGUUUUGCUGGCUUUCCGGCUACGACAUGGCAUUGUAUCUCCCACAGUCGAAUCCUGUUGGAGUCGUUAGGAGGGCGAAUAGCAAUGGAUACUGUCAGAUGUACGUCGACGAGGACUGGUGGUAUGCAGCGGCGUCGAAAGGCUCCGAAGAACACCCACAGUUUGACGACCACGCAGCUUGCAACGUCACUUGCCACUACUUGGAAAUGGGUGUGAAUGUAGACGUGAAUCCGGGAGAAAUGGUGACCCACGCCAUCUACCAAAAAAGCACAUUUCUAUUUCCGGCCGACGGUAUAUCUCAGUGCAGCCUCGCCCACGUUAACCUCCAACCGACCAAUGCAAAAGAGCUCAUCGGCUGUCAAAUGAACAUAAGCGAGCACUUGGAACGUCCAACAUGGCAGCUGAUAGUUAACGCCCCGGAGCAGGGAUCAGUGGAAUGUGGAGUGGUGUGUUCGUGUCCUGUCUCCUCUAAUUCUGCGGUGAAGUGGCCGUGCAUUCAGCCAAAAGGACGAUCCCAAAGUGUGCAGGAGGAUCUCAAUACGAAUCAUAGCUACAGUUCAUGGAGUGUCACAAUGAUUGGCGUUUUCGUCGUGCUGUGUUUGGCGUUCUCUGUUUUGAUGUAUACCAGGGUAGACAAACGAAAACGUUGAAUCAGAAAGCGGGACAUCUAACAGCAACGUUAGGAUAACAUUAUAAUAUCCACAUGCUUGCAUGAUGGAUUAGCAUUGGUCUCUAGUUUUCACAGUAUUCAACGGUUUAGCUGAUUUAUUUGUGUUUUCUCAUUUUUGCUAACUAUGUAACCUACAGUUCAAUCCUGACAUUCAUAAUAAACGUGGAAAUGUUACAAUCAGUAUAUUCCAAUAAAUAAAACACAUUAAUUAGUCAAAAUACAAUUUUUAUUUU